CCAAAAAGUGUGCCGCAAAACGGCACUGCCGUGCGAAAAACCUGUUUUCCCGCUCAAGACCGCCGCACCACUCCCUGCACCGUCUUCCCCCACCACCCCAAAUUCCAUGACACUGCGUGGGGCAAUAAAAACAAACAAAACGCUUGGCGGCCACCUGAGCGAAGCGACCAACUGUAAAAGUGGGCCGCCCGAAGCGAAGAAGAAGAGGCAAUCGACGUCGGCAGCGACGCGGGCAGCGGCGGACCCCGAAGAUUUCACUUUUCGACGAGCAAUUCGACAGAGCGGAGCUAAAGACGCGAUUUUCUCAUCCAGCAAUUGUAAAUAAUUGUGGUUUUUUAGGCAAAACAAUAGAGAAGAUAGACAACCAUGUACCGCGCCAGUGGGUUAAGGAUUAUGCAACAGUUGCGUCGAAGGAUUUCCGCAGAGGUCCACGAAUUCCAAAACCCUCAAGUUGCGCCUGCGCUGCAAACUUUCACUUUCCAACGACAACAACAGCAACGCUGGACGGCAACGUCGACGGUCAGUGGAAAGCAUUCCACUGCACAGGUGACGAGCCCGCCCCCCAGGCACGACUGGAACAGGGCGGUCAGCGAGGCAGAGAGGAUCGUCGGCUAUCCCACAUCCUUUUUGAGCCUGCGUUGGCUGCUCAGCGACGAGAUCGCCAAUGUGGCGCUGCACCUGCGCAAACUGGUGGGCAGUGCCCAUCCGCUGAUGAAAACAGCCAAACACCUGCUCUACAAUGGCAAGAACACAAUGCAAGCUUGGGGAUUGAUAGUGCUUUUGGUGUCCAAGGCCGCAGGACAUGCUCCCAGUGUUCCUGAUGUGGAGCAGGAUAAGAGUGCAGGAGUGCUUCACUCGCAGAGAGCUCUGGCUGAGGUCACCGAAAUGAUCAGGAUUUCACAUCUCGUCCACAAUAGUGUUGUCAACCUGCAGUCGAGCACCCAGGCUGGACAGGAUGUGGCCACCUACGACGACAUGUCCUUUGGCAACAAGAUCGGUCUCCUGACCGGCGACUACCUUUUGGGCCAUUCCAGUGCGGAGCUCGCUAAUCUGCGCAACCAGGAAGUGGUGGAGCUGAUCUCGUCGGCUGUGCGCGAUUUCUCGGAGUCGGAAUUCAUUGGAGAGCGAGAUGAGCAGAAUAAUCCACUGCCCUACAAGCCGGGAACCUUCCAGCGACCAUCCCUUAGCGUCGGAGUGGAUUUCAACGAGCACGACGUGAUGACCCCCAUGCCAAUUGCUCAGGUUCUGGGAAAUCCUGAGGAGGAAUGGGAGUGCCGUAACAUUCUGAAUGCCGGUAGUCUCCUGGGCAAGUCCUGUCAAGCUUCGUUGAAGUUGGCCGGCCAGAGUGAGGAAUUGCAGCGACAUGCGUACCGCUUUGGCAAACACUUGGCCCUAGCCUGGCAGGCCUGCUUGGAUGCCGAGCCCUUCCAGUGCCCACAACUCCCUCUGGAUACUACAUUUAGCCUCGUAAGUGCUCCAGUUUUGUUCCAUUUGGAGCACGACCCUGGCAUGUACGCCCAGCUGGAGGCGGGCAAGCAAUCCGUCGAUAACAUCGACUACGACAAGAUUCACAAGGCAAUCCUGGCCGGUCCUGCGUUGAUUAAAACUAAGGAACUACAGAGGAAGCACACGGCUGCCGCUUUGGCUGUUCUGCAACAUUUCCCGGCCACGGAUGCUCGACAGGCUCUGGAGAACAUCAUUCUGGCCAUGCAGGAUCUCUGAUCCCAAGUUAUCGCUGCUGAUUUUUAUCACGGGUUCAGGGCAUAGUUUAGUCGUAUUUAUUCCAUUGGGUCAUUUGUCAUUUAAAGCAAACAUUGUUGACUAAUCUUAGAUGGCGUUUUUGAACUGCUGAGUUUGGUUAAUUUACCUUUUAUUUGGUGCAAGUGCAAAAAUAAUCGUUUCAAAAUGUUUUUGUAGUCCUAGCACUAGUCCAUAGAUUUUAUACUGAAAUGAUUUGUAUUUAAACAAAUACAUGACAAAUAAAAUCAUUUUAAAUAUU